ACCAACAGCCACAGCUAGAGCCUCGGAAUUGCCCACAGUCUUGGAAGAAUAGCCCCAAUGCACCUGGUCACGCCACCAGCCCACAGAGCACAGUCCCUCACAGAGAAGUCAUGAGUGAAUUGUGUGUCAGCCCCUCAAAAGGCCCUGCCCCAGGCCAAAUUCCAACACAGGAAAUAAGGAAAACCAUCAGUCUUCCAGAUGACUGUAGAAAUGUUUUUAUAACGUAUUCUGUGGACACAGCAGAGGAAAUCAUUCCUUUUGUAGGAUUUCUGACAGCACAAGGAUUUCGACCAGCUAUUGACAUAUUUGAUGAUCCAGUGAGACGAAUGGACAUUAACAAAUGGAUGGACAGUUAUUUGAAAGAUAAAUCUGUGCUGAUCAUUGUUGUAAUAAGCCCCAAGUACAAGAUAGACAUUGAAGGUGAUUGCAUCGAUGAGCAUGGCCUUCAUACCAAGUACAUACACACGCAGCUUCAGAAUGAGUUCAUCCAACAACGCUGCUUGAAUUUCAGAAUUGUUCCCGUAUUGUUUCCAAAUGCCAACACAAGCCACGUUCCCAUCUGGCUGCAGAGCACCCGACUCUACCGCUGGCCCCAGGAUGUGCAGGAUCUGCUACUGCGUUUACUGAGAGAGGAGCGGUACAUUGUCCCACCACUGGGCAAAGAGCUAACGCUUACCGUUCGCCCAAUAUGA